AUGUCGCACCACUCCCGUAGUUCGUCUCGGACCGGGGACUGUAAAGUGUACGUGGGCGACCUGGGCAACGGUGCUGCCAAGGGGGAGCUGGAGCGAGCGUUUAGUUACUACGGCCCACUGAGAAGUGUGUGGGUGGCGAGGAACCCCCCCGGCUUUGCCUUCGUGGAGUUUGAGGAUCCCAGAGAUGCAGAAGAUGCUGUCAAAGGCAUGGAUGGAAAGCUUCUCUGUGGCUCCCGUGUUCGUGUGGAGUUGUCGACGGGCCUCUUCAGGAAGGGCCGUGGGCGCCCCAGCCGGCGCCAGUUUGACCCCGCGGAUCGGUGUUACCAGUGUGGGGACCGAGGUCAUUACGCCUACGACUGCUACCGCUUCAGCAAGAGGGGCCGUCGCAGCAGGUCUCGCUCCCAUUCCCGGUCUUGCUCCAGGUCCAGGUCCCGUGGACAUCGUUAUCGCACUAACACUCAUAGCAAUCGCAGAUAUCCAUCUAUCACCAGACGCAGGAACAGGUCUGGCUCUCCAGCCCGCGCCGAGUCCAGGAUUCCCGUGAGAAGGUAA